CGGCAACGACAGCUCAACACGAAGGGGGGGGCGAGCGAGAGAGCAAAGAAAGAGCGGUAUUCCCGAGAGCGAGAUAUGGCGCGAGCGGCUUUCUCUACGGCGUGGGCGAUGGCGGCGAUGAGUAUCGUCUCCCUGCUGUCCCUGGCUCAUUCAGGAACAGACGCUACGGUCCUGGGAGGCUACAAGGCCGACCUCCGCUACUUUGCCCAUCAGGUGGCAGUUAUAGUGAAGAAAGGCGCCGACGAGGUGUCGUGUGGAGGGACGAUCCUUAGCAGCCAGUACGUCCUGACGGCGGCGCAUUGCAUCGGAUUGGCGGGAUUCGGUCCUGGGGAGAGUGCUGUGCCUAUCGACAGUCAGAUCACCGUGAGAUAUGGAAACGAAGACUGGUUGCUGGGAGACACAGCCCCAGUCGACCACGUGUGGGUGCACCAGGAGUACGAGACGAAUGGGACGCUGAAGCAGAAGGACAUUGCGGUCCUUCGCCUAAGCAGUGCCAAUCCGAUUGCGUACUCGAAGAGGGCGAGGCCCAUCAAGCUGGCGCCGGAGGACAACAAGAUGACACUUGGCGCCGAUGUGGCGAUCGCGGGGUGGGGAUUGGGCAGCGCCAACGCAUCGGGUGUUGCUACCCCGGCGCGCACUAUCAAGGGAACGACGGUCAACACGAUUCCAGACAUGUGUCCCGUGGCGACGGUGUGGGGAAGCGACUACGUACCUUCCGCCAUGCUUUGCGCCGGGUGCGACACGUCKAAGGCCGACUCCUGCCACGGCGACGACGGCGGAGCGCUCACCACUACCUCGUCUUCCGCGGGCUGUGCGAUCGUCGUAGGGGUGGCUUCCCAGACCGUCUGCGGCGAGAGCACUCUCAAGCCGUCCGUGUACACACGCGUCGCCCCUUUCGUCGCCUGGAUCGAGUCCAUCGUGGGCAUUCCCGUCCGCAGCACCUACGAAUUGAACCCCAGAAGGGACUGCGACCAGUGCGUCAACCCUUCGGAUCCCCCUCCAUGCGGCAACGCGCCGGCGACGGUGGACAGGCAGCGGUGCAAAGUUGAAGGCGAUCUCGCGGAGGCGUUCAAGCUCAGCUUCGACAGCCAACGUUGCAUCAAUGGCAGGACGCGCCUGAGGGCGCGAUUCACCAAGCCCGUYGGCGGUGUCCCCGGCGGGCUGAACGGCGGCGUAGUCUAUCUUCUGGCGGGAACGAUGGCGGGAAGGGAAGUCUUCACGCUCGACGGCACGAGGGUCAACACGCCGCUCAGCGGACCUGUCGCGCAAGUGGCCAAAGCCAAUUACAACGCCGCCGCCAAGGCAUGGAAGAUCAGGGUCCCCGGUUGCGCGAACAACGGCACGACCUACGCAGCGGUCUACAGAUCAGCGCCCUCUCCGAACGCUCCCUAUCUCUACUAYCAGGUCUCCCUCCCCGUCAGCUAAAAGGCACAGUCUAACUGAUUCUUUACUUCGGCAUAWAGGCUGAUAUAGCUGAUCACACACACUCUUUUCACGCAAGAGAUUCUCUGGAGAGCACACUACCGUAUUGCCCCGAACACAACGCACCCUURUUUUGGCCAUAUCUGACCGGAAAUAUAGCUUCGAAUCUUCGAUAGGUUCAUUWUCAGGGUGCGUUAUGCUCGGGGGACGACGGUAGGGCCGGUCGCCUCACAGCUCUAUCAAGCUUUCGCUG